AUGGCGAUCAGGUUCAAGUUCAGGAGCUCGGCGAACUUCGACGCUGUCCACAUCGAGGACGACCGGCCUUGUAUUUCAGUCGGUGAUCUCAAGACCAGGAUUCGCCGCCUCAAGAACCUUAACAUUUGCUCCGGUUCCGAUCUUCGCAUCUCCGACGCCGUUACCGGCGAAGAGUACAGAGACGACAAUGUUCAAAUUCCAAGUGGUUCGAGUGUCAUUAUUAAGAGAGUACCUGCUGGAUCUGUGUCGCCUCUUGCCAUCCAUACCAAUGAUGCUGUCGAGAAUUUGGGGAUCAACGAUAUUAACCACGGUGUUAUCUCUACGCCGGAUGAUAAGGACAGGACUUUGAAGAAACCUUCUCUUAGAAUGAAGGAGGACAUCAUUGACUUUGAUGACUUCGGGGAUGAUGUGUGUCCUGUUCUCGAGAGAAUGGUUGAUGACUCCAGCUUCAAUGUCGAGAAAAAGUGCAGUAUUAGCAGUGAAAGCGCCAAAAUUGGUGCUGCAAGAUGCCAUAAGCUAACAACAGAAUUAGGUCGGAGAUUGGAUGAUAGUGAUCGCAAUGAGGCUGUUUCAAGAGGUCCCUUGGCAAUGGGCAUUGGAAGGGACAAGUUGCUGGUUGAAGGGAAAACUAAAACUGAUGAACCUUCAAAAUUACAAAAGACCAUCAAUGCCUCUUUUAUAGCUACUCAAAAUGCUGACCUGCCGUCAGAGCUCAAAUGCUCUCUCUGCAAUGCUCCUUAUGAUGAAGCAGUGAUGAUACCUUGUUGCCAGAAUAGUUAUUGUGAGCGAUGUAUUCGUCCAGUGCUAAAUGAGAAGUCAUGCUGUCCAAAUUGUUCUGCGAAAUGCAGAGCUGAAGAUUUGCUACCUAAUGUAUCUCUUAGGCAUGCUGUUGAGACUUUUCUUAGAUCCCAGGUUUUUGCUGGUGGUGUGGAGGAUGUCCAUCAUCAUGCACCCGAUGGGGAAUCUGGCAUUCAAGGAAAAGAAGCAUCUGAUGAUUUGACCAUGGUUAAGAGGGGAUCUGAGUCUUGUCAACCUUCCAAAAUAACUGGGAAAAGACCUGGCAAUGUCAUAUCAGAAUCUGCCCUAGAUUGGACGUUCAGGAACAAGGCAGUGACAGCUGGUUGCUGUUCUAACAUAGAUGCGACAGAGAGGAUCUCGAACGAGGAAAUUUGGUGGUGUUUCCUGAUUCUAAAGUGA